AUGGGAGAGACGGAUCCUAUCACGGGAGAGGUCACGACGGACAGCUAUUAUCCAAGUAGUUUUACAUCCAACAUCUUCCCCACAACCAACAUCCCGGAAAAGUACGACGAGCGUCGGAAAAAAUUUCAAACAACAUUUCCGAAUAACAGAAGAACGAAUCGGGAUGGACAUUGAAGAAGGUUGUAAGGAUGAUUGUAAAGAUUACGAAGUAUCAGAUCGUAAAGGGAACCGGAUUUUCGGAACAUCCCAAAUUCAUUACCAGCAAGAAAACGGUCAUCAACAUAAAAAAUGAAGACGAUAUGUGCUUCAAGUACGCAGUUACCCGUGCAUUACAUCCGGUGGAGAAAAAAGCGAACGUCGUUAGCAAGCUUCUCAGGAAGCAAACCGAGAAGUAUAAAUUGGAAGGACUGACAUUUCCUGUUGCUGUAAAGGACACAAAGAUAUUUUCAAAGAACAAUGAUCGAAGAGGUUAUGGAAACGGAUCCGGACGGCGACCGCCUAAUUACGGCAAAGUACGUCCAGUUGCUGACGGAACCGACCGAGGAGUACGAAAAAGUUAUCAACCUCCUCUGGCACGAUAA